UCUCACAUAGACUAUAUAUAGUUACACAAUGCUUACUGAAACCACAGAGGGUGAAAUGAGAUACUCCAAUGCUUACAGCAACUUGAAUAUAUACUUCAUUGUUGGAGGAACUUGGUAAAACCGACUGAGACACUCAACAGUGGAUAGACACAAGAUAUGGCGGGCAUUAACUUCAUGCUGAUAACACUUGCUGUUCUGGGCAACCUUCUUGAAGGUGGGAGUGUAAAUAUUUACAGUGGGAAUGAGUUUAUAGUUACACUGCUUCCUGCGUUCAACAACCAGAAGACCACGGGAUAUCUACUCAUCGGACACACCCAGGAAGGGAUGUGCACAGUGACAGACAGCGACGGGACAGAACAUGGUGUCAAGCUUCAAGGAAACAAUCGCGUAACACAGUUUGAUAUUCCCUUAGCAAGAGUACUAAACUUCGGAGGUUACAUCGAGAAACGGGCAAUAUAUGUCCACUGCAAUACAGAAAUCAUCUUGAGGGUUUUCUUUCGAAGACAAAUGGAAGGCACUGCUGAUGCUUAUACUGUCCUCCCUCUUCAGUCUCUUUCUUCUAAAUACAUCAUACCAUCGGUGCCACAGAACGCCAUACUGGGGAUUGUUGCGGCUGAUGACAAUGUAACCAUACAUGUUGACAUUAAGUCCAAUUGCUCGUAUUCUUUCAAGGGAAUCACUUACAGCCAAGGCAGAAGGCUGACUAGCAUCCUGGAAAAGCGGCAUGUCCUUCAGAUAUCAUCCUUAUCCUCGACAGAAUACCACAACUGCGACAUGGGAGGGACAGUUGUCGAGAGUAGUAGCCCAGUAGCGGUAUUUUCUGGAUCCCCUGCUUUGGAUUAUCCACUGAAUCACGGAGAUGCUGUACAGAAUCAGAUCCCUGGGGUUAGUCAUUGGGGAAGUAGUUUCAUUGUAUCGCCGGUUCCCGUAAUGGAUAAAUAUAGAAUUAGAAUACUCGCAAUGAACAAUAACACACACGUCACCACCGAAACUCCAACUGCAACUACAUCAUUUAAUCUUAAUGAAGCAGAGUUCAGUGAUGAAGAUUUCAAUAAUUCUGACGUAACUUACGUCAAGAGUUCUCAGCCUAUCCUGGUUCAAAUGACGUCAGGAAAUCAUGUUCGGUUCCAAGCUUUCUCCGCCAUAGUUCCACCCAUUGCUGAUUAUGGAAGCGUGUAUCUUGUACCAGACGUUCAAACCAGUCAGGUGAAUUACACGCGUUAUAUCACCCUCAUCACUAGUCCCAACUGUACUUCAGACAUUGACGUCAACACAAUAUGGACAACCUCAUCAACAGCUUCCCACACUGCCUCCGUCUCCAGCUUCCGGGCUCCGUCUGAUUUGACGGUUUUAAGAAGCAAAUCCUCCUUGUGUCAAUUUGCGGUGUUGGUAACUGGCCUUGGAAACAUUGAAAUGUAUGGAUACUUCGAUCAGCCGAUAAUACAUGAUACCCUUACUUCCGUGACUUUUCUGAAUGCAACAAAGAACACGCUACACGCAACAGAGUUCGAUGUCCUGACACUGGUCUGUAGAGCCAAUCCCAUCCGAGGAAAGCCUAAAAUCUCCUGGAAGAAAGACAGUCACAAUGUUUCAGAAAAAGUAGCGUCUCAAGCCAUGGAUGUUCGUGGGAAGACGGUGCCCACGAGUGUCCUUACACUGACUGUCUCCUGCAAAGACCAUCUGUCAGUCAUCUCAUGCAAAGCUGUUUACAAAGACGUUCAAAUAACAUCAACAGGAAUGAGAAUGUUUGUCCAUUGUGCAAAAAAGGGUGAUAGGUUUGACGAAGGACUUGGAAUAGGAAUCGGAGCUGGAGUAGGCGCUGUUGUUGUGUUGUUGCUGUUGGCUUUGCUGCUACUGCUUUGGUCUACUGGAGAAGAGGAUUCGAUGGGAAAAACGAUGAACAGUCGCUGCCGCCGGCGCAUAGCAACCGUGGAUACGACAGCAUGGAUCCCAGCGUCAGCGGAGUGUUCAUCUCUCACGUGUACGAUCGACUUCCACUGUAACGAUAGGUUCACCAGCCUCCUUAGUUAACAUCAUGUGACGUAUGGUCAGGUUAUGCUUUCGUGCCUACCAGUGGAACUGUCACAUAAUAACAUUGUCACAUUGUUGGGUGAACGUCAUGAGAGUUGCUUCUCCGUGUUGUCCGGUUACAAGCAAUUGACAUUAACUUCAACUAAGUGUGUGUUUGUAUAAAGAAGAAGAUGGAAUUUCAGCGUAUGGUCACACCAGGAAUUCAGAUUCGCGUUAUGUGAGUGAAGUGUCAUAUGAAGCAGUCACCGAGGAACAGUCUUUAUGUCAGCAUUUAUAUCAGAACUGUUACUGGAGCAUGCUCUUAUAACCAGGAUUUCAAAGAGCGGGGUAUGACUCUCACUUAAUCGUUGUUUGAUCAACGUUAGAGUAUACAAGGAUAUCUGAAGUAUUUUUGAAAGUUUUAGUGUGUGGCAGAUGUUCCAAUCAGACGCAUAGUGAUGAGAAAAGGUCUCUUGCCUUUUAUGCUGAACAAUGACCUUUGCAAGUGUUUGUGACGUCAUCGUUAGGACAGGAUCCGCUCACUUUUUGGCGAACAGCUGGUAUCUUGCAGACUCCUUGUAUCAUUAUAUUUUUUAAAUCCAAACCUUCUUUGAAACACAAAUCCAAUCUUUGACACAUCUGCAUCUGUGCUGUGUACAUAUUAUGCACAAUGAACUUAACCAUGCAAGACUGAAUGUAUUAUAAGUUUGGUGUGAUACUUGACGUAUGACGCCCUAUUACUUUAUACGCCAUACACCGAGCAGCGUACGCUGGUACGUAUGUGUCAUAUUUACUAUCUUAGGCUUGAGCAAACAUAUAUACAAUAAGUGAUAUUUAUAAUAUCAUCUUAUUGAUCACUGAAUCUGUACAUUUGUGCUUGGAAUAAAAGACCACGGUAUUUAAAUGA